AUGACCCCCUUAUCAGUGACCCCCCUAACACAAGAUCCCCUUAUCAGUGACCCCCCACAUGAUCCCCUUAUCAGUGACCCCCAGCAAGGGAUCCCCUUAUCAGUGACCCCUCCAACAAAGGAUCCCCUUAUCAGUGACCCCCAGCAAGGGAUCCCCUUAUCAGUGACCCCUCCAACAAAGGAUCCCCUUAUCAGUGACCCCCAGCAAGGGAUCCCCUUAUCAGUGACCCCUCCAACAAAGGAUCCCCUUAUCAGUGACCCCCAGCAAGGGAUCCCCUUAUCAGUGACCCCUCCAACAAAGGAUCCCCUUAUCAGUGACCCCCAGCAAGGGAUCCCCUUAUCAGUGACCCCUCCAACAAAGGAUCCCCUUAUCAGUGACCCCCAGCAAGGGAUCCCCUUAUCAGUGACCCCUCCAACAAAGGAUCCCCUUAUCAGUGACCCCCAGCAAGGGAUCCCCUUAUCAGUGACCCCUCCAACAAAGGAUCCCCUUAUCAGUGACCCCCAGCAAGGGAUCCCCUUAUCAGUGACCCCUCCAACAAAGGAUCCCCUUAUCAGUGACCCCCCUAACACAUGA